AAAUGCGCUAAAGAAACGACAAGUAAACAUGGCGAAUUUACAGCCCCACUUCCUUAUAGAACAAAUUAGCUCGUCAUUAUAAUCGCCUCUCAUUUUAAAGAAACUGUAGCUAGGUUAUUGGUCUAUUUGAUACAAAAAAAACAUUUAUACGUUUAUUACGUUGUUUUUUUACCAGACCUCCAAAAAAAACACGACGGAGUGAUGCUGUUUUUUCCUCUCUGGGCGUGAGAGCGAGCCGAAAACACGGCGGGGGACACACAUUUCAACGGGGGUACAGACUGUGACAUAACACCUGUAAACAGUCAGCGUCGAAACUCAUUUGAAGAUGCGAGCUCUGCCUCUUUUCACGGCCAAGCCUACUUCCUGGUGGAUGAGGCAGCGCCACAGUGUUGUCUUAGUAAGUAGACGGGGCAGCAGAAGGAAGGUGGAGGCGGCUGUUGAUGGUCUGCAGUCGCGAUACAGCAGUUCGUUAACUAGCACACUUUUUUUUGGUUUUGCUCCUUUGAAGAAAAAAUGGGAAGCACGGUGAUGGAGUCCAGCAAGGAGAGCUCAAAGAAAAUGCCAAAGAAGAGGAGAAGUCUGCGGAUUAACAUGCCAGACUUUGGUGCGUUUACUUCCCCACAAGUGGAGACGAGUGGCUCAACAAAAAGUGGCGCUCAGGCGGGAGAGCGUCGCAUCCGUUCAGCCAGCCCCACCAAAGGAGUGUCUGCGAAGAGCCCAGCAAGCGCCCUUCUGCCGCCAUGUUCUCAGUCAGCUCCAGUGCAGUCGAAGACCAGUUUAGGUUCACCCAAAACUGUAUUCCCCUAUCCCUCCCAUCAGAGCUCCUCACCCAAGUCCCCCCAUCGCCUAAGCUUCAGUGGUAUCUUCCGCUCCUCAUCCAGCUCCGCACCUGCAGGCAUCAAAAUCUUCUCCAGAACCAGGAGAGCCUCAGGACUCUCCACACCACCCGCCACCCCAACCCAGUCGUCCAGCCAACCUGUAUUCACCCAGGAGGCUCAGCUGAGCAGGCCCAGCCCUGAACGCCUGGAGCCGAGCUCCCGAUCCCACUCACUCUCCACACCUCCAGACACAGGACAGCGCCUCAGCCUUUCCUCUGCUAAACCCCCGAUCCCUUCCUCAAGCCCUUACUCUACCUCACAACAAGUCUACGGUUUAUUCGAAGGCAUGCUGGAGAAACUUGAACUAGAUGAUGAUGCUGCUGAACCUGAGAGUGAUAUUUACAUGCGCUUUAUGAAAUCCCACAAGUGCUACGACAUCGUCCCCACAAGCUCCAAGCUGGUUGUGUUCGACACAGCACUCCAAGUUAAGAAAGCGUUCUUUGCCUUGGUAGCCAACGGUGUGCGAGCUGCUCCACUAUGGGACACAGAGAAGCAAAGCUUUGUGGGAAUGCUGACAAUCACAGAUUUCAUCAUCAUACUACACAGAUACUAUAAGUCACCGAUGGUGCAAAUUUAUGAAUUAGAGGAACAUAAGCUUGAGACGUGGAGAGAGGUUUACCUUCAAGCAACAUUUAAACCUCUGGUCAACAUAUCGCCUGAUGCAAGCCUAUUUGAUGCAGUGUACACCCUCAUCAAAAACAAAAUUCACCGCCUGCCUGUCAUCGACCCCGUCACGGGGAAUGCACUUUAUAUUCUCACACACAAGAGGAUCCUCAAGUUCCUCCAGCUUUUUAUGUGUGAAAUGCCAAAGCCAGCUUUCAUGAAGCAGACUCUCGGGGAGCUGGGCAUUGGUACGUACCAUGACAUUGCUUUCAUCCACCCGGACACGCCCAUCAUCAAAGCACUCAACAUCUUUGUGCAGAGACGAGUGUCUGCCCUGCCUGUGGUGGAUGAGUCUGGCAAAGUUGUGGAUAUUUACUCCAAGUUUGACGUGAUUAACUUGGCUGCUGAGAAGACAUACAACAACCUGGACAUCACGGUGACACAGGCCCUGAAACAUCGCUCUCAGUACUUCGAAGGAGUCAUGAAGUGCCACAAAAUGGAAACAAUGGAGACCAUUGUGGACAGAAUAGUCAAAGCUGAAGUGCAUCGGUUGGUGGUGGUGGACGAGCGCUCCAGCAUCGAGGGCAUCGUCUCCCUGUCAGACAUCCUCCAGGCCCUGGUGCUCAGCCCUGCAGAUGCCUGUAAGGAGGAGAACCUGACUGAGUGAGAGGGAGGAAGCAUCAGCUGAAGUGGAGACGUGGUGGGAAUAAAUAAGGUUUGAAGGUUGAGGUAGGGAGUGUGAGGCUGAGCAAAGCCGGUCUGAAGGUCCCAGAGACGCCUGCAACUGAUGCACUAUAGAGGCUUAGAAACCAAAGAGCUAGACAGCUAAAUGAAGUGGAGUUCCUGCACUGAGGAUUGAUUUUUUGAAUUAAACUUUGUUUUGUUUGCUUGAACACUGAUCAGAUGCGUGCACACACACACACACACACACACACACACACAGUAUGAACGUGUGUAGAAAUGCAACAUACUCGCGCUUACACAGAGGUUAGGGUCACCAGUUGAGGAAAGGUGGGAAAGUCGAGACUGGUUCUAAUGAAGGAUCAGUGUUUUGGGGUGUGUAGCUGUGAUCAUGCUGCUGUCAUCAGUUGAUUUCUAGUUGCAUUUUGUAGUCUAUACCGAAUGUCAUCACCUCCAGGACCUCACCUCAGUGUUUGGUGCAGAAAGGUGAACAUUCACAGAUGCAACUUAUUGUUUGGUAGCAAAACUACACUUCACCUACAAUGUGGCCAUUUUAUGACUGUUAUAUAUAAAAAAAAAAAAAAAAGGGUUUGCUAGUGCUAAUACGGAGGGAUUGAUGCCCAGUCUUUAUUUGUGCCUUUUGUUUGCCCUGCCCACACCAGUUAAAACUGACAGAAUUUGGGACUUUUGACUUUUUAUUGCAACUAUUUGGAUUUUUUUAAUACUGUUAAGCUAUAUGUGUGCAAUAUUUAAGUAGUUGGCAAAUUCCACCUUCUACUUCUAAUUCAAAAAAUAUUUUCCUUUUUAUUUGGUUGCAUUUUCUGUGAUUUUUUCUUUUUUUUUUUUUUUUUACGUGUUAGAAGUGUUAAAAAUUUCUUUUGAAUAGAUCUAAUUCUAAAAAGAAAAUCCUAAAUAAAAUCUAAAUCAUUUUGGCACAAAAAUGCGCAGUGGUCAGAGGCAAAUACAGCUGUACAUAAAUAAGGAUUCUAUCAGCCAAGAACUAUGAGUGAGUACUGCUCACUCAUUUUACAUCAUAGUAAUUUAGAGUCAUUGCAACCUAAGGAUGCAUUUUGGUAGUGGUAUUACAAGACCAUCUUUUUAGAUGUUUAAAACCUUUUUUUACAUUUACUUUCAGUUGUUUUGAUGCUUCAGAUAAUCUGAUACUCACAAACAUGCAAAUCAACUUUCUUCAAUUAUCUCAGCUGUAGCUCGACAGGACUCAUCUCCAUCUUUGACUGUAAAUAGGAUCGUUUUCAGGAAACGUGUCACAAAGCUUUAUUUUUAUGAAUGUGUCAACAUGUUUAAAGAGACUGCAGUUUUAAUGUUAUUUUUGUAAAUAUAUUGUGGCAAUAUGUCCGGUUCAAAGAGACUUUGUAUCAGAUCAACAUGUACUGUAAAUGUGCAAGCAUGAGAAACUACACUUCAGCAGUAUGAAUGUUCUUUGUUUUUAGUUUUUCUAUUUUUCUGGCUGCAGAAAAAUAAAUUGACACUGAAUGUACUUUAAA